AUGUCCUUCCGCCUCCCAAAAUUCCCACUGUUAACCCUUUUCCACAACCCUUCCUCAAAGGUCUCCACCCAAGCCCUCUCCCUCCUCCGCCAAGCAUCCGUCACCCACAAGUUCGACAUCGACCUCAUCGACUCCACAACCACCGCCCCCACCCACCAACAAGUCUCUUCCAUCGUCGAGUACCUCGGUGGUGGCGCAACCGGCUGUGGACAGAUUUUGGACACAGCACAAGGGGCGCCCAAGGCGUCGACGGUCGGGGAAGUGCAAAAGAUCCUGGAAGCCAACCCGGGCUAUUUGAGACGGCCACUGGUGGUUGAUUGGAAUAAAGGCAAAGCUAUCAUCGCCGACCCCGCGUCAAGAGUGAACGAGAUGGUCAAGAAUGUUGGCGAGGAGGAGUAA